GUCUCUAAACCUGUUGUAGAUUAAAUGAAUAAUAAACUUUUAAAAUGAAGAUGAAUUAGUUCUGUUAGAUGUUUAUCGGCUUAUAGAGAUGCUAUGAGGUUUUUUUUAAAUUGUCAAACGUUAGAGAAGCUAGGUGAAUCGACGCUAACAGGCUAAAACUGAGCUAAUUGGAACCAGCACUACUGUUAUUAUUAUUAUUAUUGUGAUUUUGGGGUGUAGAUUUAAUAAUGAAGUGUCAUUACGAGAUGUUGGGAGUGAAGAGAGAUGCAGGAGAUGAUGAGCUAAAGAAAGUUUACAGAAAAUUAGCUCUUAAAUGGCAUCCAGAUAAGAAUCUGGAGAACGCGGAGGAAGCGGCGGAGCAGUUUAAACUCAUCCAGGCCGCCUACGACGUCCUCAGUGACCCACAGGAGAGAGCCUGGUACGAUAACCACCGGGAGGCGCUGCUGAAGGGUGGAGUCAGCGGGGAGUACCAGGAUGACAGCAUCGACCUCCUGCAGUACUUCACUGUGACCUGUUACUCGGGUUACGGGGAUGACGAGGAGGGUUUCUACACCGUGUACAGGAACCUGUUCGAGUCCAUAGCAAAGGAGGAGACGGAGCGCGGUAAAGACGAGGAGGACGAAGUGUGUGAGGACUUUCCAUUGUUUGGAGACUCUCGGAGCGACUACGAUACGGUGGUGCACGUCUUCUACGGCCGCUGGCAGAGCUUCUGCACCCGUAAGAACUUCGCGUGGAAGGAGGAGUACGACACGCGCCAGGCCUCCAACCGCUGGGAGAAGAGGGCCAUGGAGAAGGAGAACAAAAAGACGCGCGACAAGGCCAGGAAGGAGCGCAGCGAGCUGGUGCGCCAACUGGUGGCCUUCGUGCGCAAGCGCGACAGACGGGUGCAGGCGCACAAGAAGCUGGUGGAGGAGCAGAAUGCCGAAAAGGCCAAAAAGGUGGAGGAGCUGAGGAGGAGGCAGAAACUGGAGCAGGCCAAGUUGGCCGAGGAGUACAAGGAGCAGAGCUGGUCUGCCAUGUCUGAACUGGAGCAGGAGCUGCAGCAGAUGGAGCUUCAGUACGGGCGCCAGUUUGGAGACGCCGAGGAGGAGCUCGGAGAGGACGAGACGGACGCAGAUGCGGUGGAUGGUGAUGAGAUGGAGGACGUUUAUGACGACAUGUACUGCCCAGCCUGCGACAGAUCCUUCAAAACGGACAAAGCCAUGAAGAACCACGAGAAGUCGAAGAGGCACCGAGAGAUGGUGGCUCUGCUCCGGCAGCAGCUGCAGGACGAGGACGAGUCCCUGAGUCUGAAUUCGGCCGAGCCGGACGGCGAGGAGGAGGAAGAGGAGGAGGAGGAGGGCGGGGCGGAGGAAGAGGACGAGGACGAACAGGAGGGUGCACCUAAACAGAAGUUGUCUAAGAAGCAGAAGAAGAAGAAGCGACAGCAGAAAAAUAACCUGACAGAAGAGCCGACAGCCGAUGUUCCUGUUCCAGACUCCACAAACGACGUCGCUCCUCCGUCCCAAACAGAACCUGAAGAGGACGGUCCUGGCUCCUCCGCAGACCCCGUAGAGGAGGAGAAGGAAGACGAACCCGCACCCAAUAAGAGCUCCGGAAAGACGAAAAACAAGAAAGGUGGGAAGGACCUGAAAAAGAGCUCCAAACCUCACGCAGGAGGUGAAGCGAACCAGGAGAAGGAGGCGAACCUGCACUGCGCCGUCUGCCAUUACGAAUUCCCCACCAGAAACAAACUGUUCGAUCACCUGAAGACGACGGGUCACGCCACGGCGCUGCCCUCCACCGCCGCUCCGAACAGCAAGAGCAAGAAAGAUAAGAGGAAGAACAGAUGACCAGAGAGGCGCCAAAUACUAUUUUUAUUCUGAAAUAAUAUCGGAGCAGCUUUCUAAUGAAGGGCCCCCACACAGGGGGACGGUUUCACUCACAAACUCUCGGUAGCAUGUUCUUCAUAAACGUACAGCGAUUGCCAAAACUGUGCCGUGCAGAAGCGUGACGCCGGACUGGUUUUCUCUCUGUGAGAGCUCGGUGAGAAAGAGGAGAUGAGAAUAAACGUGUUGCUGCUCUUUUCAAUGAAAAUCUGCAUUUUAUUCCGUCUGUCUCAAAACGUCUUUGCUUUCUACAUACGCUGUGUGGUCAAAAGUAUUGGGACACCGCUUGUAAUUAUUAAAUUCAUCCAUGUGUUUCAGCCA